AAUGGCAGAAUAAGGAACCUGACACAACCAGACAUGGCCAAAGAAACGAUCCGAUUGCUGCAAUACGUGGGGUCACCUGAGAGCAAUAACUUCAAGUUUGUAUGGGUCUUGGCGAAGAACCUUGACGCAUCUACUGCAAUUUCUCUGAGGGAGCCAUCAAAUCUGUGUAGCCCAAGAUUGGCUCCGGCUGUUUUCCAGGAUGAGGGCUACGAAUUCCUGGGUGAGGCUGACAUCGACAAUCGGACAAUGCAGUAUGUGUUCCAAGGGCAUGUACAUGUAGUUGAUAAGACUCACUACAAUGGGGAUCACACCAAACGAAAUGGCGUGGCCAUAGCAGUAGCGGAGUCCCUCAAAGACUCCGUCUCCGCCGUCAGUAGGAUCAGUAGCAGAGUUACGGCUGUAAGGAUAGACACGGAGGGGUACUGGACAAUAACAUCAGUGUAUGCACCACAAGCCGGCUGCCCCGUCUACGAAAAGGAUGAGUUCUAUCUGAACCCUGACGAGGCCAUCCGAUCGGUUCCAGAGGAAGACUACCUCACCAUAGCAGGUGAUAUGAAUGGGCACGUCGGCAGUGAAAGGAGGGGACUGGAAAGGGUAUAUGGAGGUAGAGGAAUAGGAGUCAGAAACGAAGAAGGAGAAAGGGUUCUCGACUUGGCCAUGGCCCAUGACAUGGCAGUCUGCAGCACCUUCUUCGCGAAAAGGAGUCUCAGAAGGUAA